AUGCAGGUGUUUGGCGCGCGGAUGGCGUCACGUGGUGGACGUACGUUGCCAUUGACGUACUUCAUGCAGUCUGAGCUAACGACAGCGGAGGAGGCCCCGCCUGUUGACGUGUUCACAGCAAAGUUAGGGAAUCGGACCUUUCACGAGUCACUUCGGAACGAUAGUGGUUUUGCGAUAGUCACUGCAUUUCUGUUAGGUGGCGUUGACAUUAAUGUGAGGGACAAAAACGGUGCAACGCCGUUGCAUGUUGCCGUUUCGCGGGCUGCUCCCACGCCGGGCAAUGACGACGAUGAAUCCGUUUUGCUCUCUUCGGAAGGUCCCAACAAUUUAAUUAUCUCAUUUCUUAUUGACAAUGGAGCCGACAUAAAUAGUCGCAAUGCGACUGGUGAGACGCCGCUUAUGAUCGCUGCGGCUACGCAGAACAUAAGUGCACUGCGGAUCAUCCUUUCGCGCGGUGCAGACACGUCACUUCGUGAUGACAUUGGAAACACAGUGCUUCACCAUGCUGCUUGCCAUCCGCAUGUGCUUCAAACGCUUCACUCGUGGAUCGAUGACCUUCCCGCUCAGGCGGCACGAGAGAACCUCCUCCACAUGGUGUGCCGACAGGGACGCGGUGCAGAGUUUGCCGCUCUUUUUCUCAUCGAGCAGCUGGGAGUCGACGUGAAUGUGCGUGAGGGUGAAACCGCUGCCACUACUGGUGUCCAUGAUGGCGAUCAUCAUUAUCGUCCAAUUGAGGCGAAUACGGCUACUGCUGCUGCUGCUGUUCAGCGCUGUGAUUCAGCACCACACUCCGGAGUCAUAGUGAAGGAAGGACUUACCCCGCUGCACUGCGCGGUGCUUGUCGGCGAUACGCUUCUUCUGCGUUCGUUGUUGCUGAAGGGUGCCGAUGUGGAGAAGCCAGACGCUACAGGAAGGACGCCAAUUCAGUUGGCAAAGGACUGUGCAAUGUCAUCAUCACCGUCAUUGUUAACAUCAUUGUUAUCCUUUAUUCGGCUUCAGUGCAGCUUUUUGGGGCUGACGCAACGCAACGGUAGGACGGCGAAGAAUAUUGAUCCGUGGAAGGUAUACACAAUCUUGGACGCCCACUCUAAGGAGGCGUCAUCUGCGAAGCGAGAGGCAAAUCUACAACGCGAGGCAGCGGCCGAUACUUCAUUGUGGAGACUCAACACCAUUUCUGACAUUCUCUCUUUUGGGGCAGCGGCAGCGUUGCCACAUUUUUUAAUGGCUCUGUGUGCGUUGAUGGGAAUGCCGCUAUGGAUUUUGAUUGUUUUUGCCACCAUUGAACUUAUUUUAUGCAACGGCUUUAAGGUGAAAGAUGAACGCCGUUUGAACGUGAGGCCCCUGCGCUGUGUAGGGUUCCUUGUUGGCUACACCCUGGUGCUACUCGCUUGCAGCAUUUCUUUGGAGGAUGCCAUGGAGCCACGGCGCAUGAACACUCGACCGUGGCUUUUUCUAUGCACUAUCGGGAGCGCUCUGUGUGCCUUUUUAGUGAUGUGGAUAAACCCUGGGAUAGUGGAUUCUACCGAUGGACAGCGGGUUGGAAUCUACAAAACAAUUUUUUACUCAAAAGGGGCACCACCGGAGGAUGUUCGACAAGGCAUCGAUCUUUCUUGCAUGGUUAAAAAGCCACUACGGGCCCAGCGCUGUCGUCAUCUCGGACGCGUGGUGCUUCGGUAUGACCAUUACUGUACGUGGCUGGCAAGUGCCAUUGGUGGGGGGAAUCAUCGCUUGUAUAUCGCCUUUCUUCUAUUUUACACGGUUCUCCUUGGGAUCUGUUGCCGCAGCACUUACUGGCUAUCGCCGAACCAGAUGAGCAGCGAGACGUUUUUUGAUGACCCACAUUUUAGACGUUUUGCUAAUGUCUACAUCUUGUUUGUCCUGCCUGUCGCCUUUAUCUUCUCUCUGUAUACUCUGCUGCAGCAAUUGUGGUAUAUAGCGCGGGGUGUCACCACCUACGAUGUGGCGCAACCGUCACGCUGCCCGUGGUGCUUUCAGUUGGGAUCACGUACAUAUUCUCUUUUUGAUGCCGGCUUUUGGAGGAACGUUUGCGGUUUUUUUUUCUUACGCGAAAAAUUCUUGAACAUCUCUUAUCGGAUGCCAGUGAUGAGCGUAAGACUUCAAAAAAUGGCCAAACGUCAUCAGGCAUUGCAGCUCUCAUCGUGCCAUGACGGCCAUUGUCACUCCCAUGAAAACGGGGGCCACGGCCACUCACACAAUGGGCACUUGGGUCAGCUGCAUCAAUACAACCCGGAGCAGCGUUGCAAUGCGCCUUUAAAUACUGCGUUGAGUAACGUUGCCGAGGGCAUUGGCUCUCCUGCGACAACUGCUGUUGUUAUUAAUUCUUCAACACCAGCAUCCGCCUUGGCCUCUGAUCCGUUUCCUUCAGUUGCUGUGGAUACUACUGCAGCAGCAACCCAACUGGGUUUUGAAGCUUCUGUGGGGCGUCUCUUUCAGCUGAUGGUGCAGCACGGCGACACGGAUUUGAUGGCUGUUGCUGCAGCAAACGAAAUAAGGGCCAGCGUGCUUCCAGAGAAAUGGCAAGAGAUGGUGGAGAUGGCUCAGUCCAUGUAUGGCUUCUUCAAAAGCACCAUGAACAACGCGAAUAACUGA